AUGAAUCCAUCAUCAAAUCCACCAGUUGACUGUGUAGAUAACUGGGUGAACAAUAUCCAUGACAAAAUUGUGCCAGAAAGUAAUGGCAAUAGCCAACCACACAUGGAAAUGAAGUUUGGAUCUGAGGCGACGACUUAUGAAUUUUAUAAUGAAUACAGUAAAAGAAUUGGAUUUGGUAUUCGUCGAGAAUAUGCAAAUAAAAGCAAAAAAGACGGGAUUUUGACUUCGAGAAGAUUCACAUGCUCAAAGAGGAUUGAGAAAUAUAAAGUUGUUGACUUUGUAGCUGAACAUAACCACCCUCUUCAACCGCCAGAGUAUGUUCAUAUGAUUCGUUCUCAUCGACACAUAUCUGAGGUACAAGCAUCACAAAUCGUAUUGGCAGAUGAGUCUGAAUUGAGACCAAAAGAUUUUCAUGAAUAUAUGUCCAAACAAGUCGGUGGAAUAGAGACUAUUGGUUUUACAAAACAAGACUUUAAGAAUUAUCUUCGAACCAAAAGGAAGCAAUCACUAAAGUAUGGUGACGUGGAUGCACAAAUGAUAAAUGAUUAUGGGUACUUUGGAGAUGUCAUCACUUUUGACACUACGUACAAGACAAAUAAGGAUUAUCGACCAUUGGGAGUUUUUGUUGGACUUAAUAAUCACAGGCAAACAAUCAUUUUUGGAGCUGCAUUGCUAUAUGAUGAAACGAUUCCUUCUUUUCAGUGGCUAUUUGAAACUUUUCUCAAAGCAAUGGGUGGAGAAAAGCCAAAAACCAUUCUAACACAGUACGACAGUAUUGCAGUGGAGCAGCGGUGUGGUGGUGCUAUGCAGUGGAGCAGCGGUGCGGUGGUGCUGUACCUAAGAGGGGAGGGGCGACGAAGGAAGGAAAAUGGGUUUUAUGUUUCUGAUAUGUUUUUAUCCACAAAAUCUAAAUUUUGUGAAGGUAAAGGCCGUCACAAAUGCCUGAAGGGACGUUACACUUUGUGGCUGCAAAGGCCGCCACAAAAGCGUGAGCCUUUGCAUUUUGUGGCUGCAAAGGCCGCCACAAAAGAAUAA